CCUUGGUUCCUGGCCUUGUCAGGGUUCUGGUUCCGGAAGGCCUCUUCCAGUUGCCUGGGGCCUCGCUCCCCCUGUGCCAAGGCGGCACUGAAGACAUGGGCGUGAGCAUCCCACAAUGUGUGAAGAAAUUGGACUUUCGUAAAACUAUAGUGGGCCUCGCCACAGGUGCCGGAGCCAUCUACCUGCUCUACAAGGCCAUCAGGGCAGGCAUAAGAUGCCACCCACCCCUCUGCAGCAACUCACCUGUCUGCAUCGCCCGUGAGUGUCCGGACCCUGGGGAAAGGGCUCUGCCCCAGGAGGCACCUGCUCCCGAGGUCUCCAGUGUGGGAGGGCCCAAAGGCCUGGCAAUUGAGCGGGAGCGGCACGGACGGGACUCAGGUGAGCUUCGGAGGCUCCUCAACUCUUUGGAGUGCAAACAGGACCAGUUCACCAAGGGUAUGAUCCUGCACAGUAUCACGCGCUGUGUGUACUUGCUGGAGAACGAGGCCUCUGCCUGCACUGCUGAGGACAUUGAUUUGGUGGGCAGCAUGCUGGAUGACAUGGACAACAGUGUCAAAAUCCAGGCCCUCAACACACUUAAAGCUUUCUCUGGCAUCAGAAAAUUCAGACUCAAAAUCCAGGAACACUCCAUCAAGGUACUGGAACUGGUCUCUACCAUCUGGGACUCAGAGUUGCACAUCGCAGGCCUCAGACUCCUCAACAACCUCCCACUGCCGGACUUCGUGCAUCCGCAGCUGCGACGGGUGAUGCCUGCCCUGAUGGAGAUUCUGCAGUCAGACUAUAUUCUGGCACAGGUGCAAGCCAUUCGACUGCUGAGCACCCUGGCACAGAAGCAGGAUCUUCUCUAUGAUAUUCUCAACUGCCAGGUACACCCCAACUUCUUGCACCUGUUCCAGUCCUCACAGCCAGGGAGUCUGCUGGUAGAAGCACUGGUGUUUGCUGAGCGGCUGAGUGAGGGCCGGAAUACCCCUCACUACCGAGCUGUGAAAUGGCAUUACAAUGAACAGUCUCUGCAUGAAGCUCUAUUUGGGGAUGAGUCCCGACUGGCAGACCGGCUGCUUGCCUUGGUCAUCCACCCUGAAGAAGAGGUUCAGAUUCAAGCCUGCAAGGUUAUCGUUAGCCUGCAGUGCCCCCCAGAUGUGUCGGUCCGGCCUUCCUCCUGCCAGCCCAGUCAUUCCUACUUUCAUAAUGGGGAAUAAAAUUAAGGAGAGUCAAUAAAUGAAUAUGGGAGAGUA